CCUUUACUUAUUUACAUACAUGGACAAGCACCAUCUUACAUUGGUGAUCUUUGUAGUCCCUACACCCCCAGCAGGUCCCUGAGGUCCAGUGACCAAAGCCUACUGGUUGUGCAGCACCAGGCUAAAGACCAAAGGUGACAGAUCAUUUGCUGCUGUGGCCCCCAGACUCUGGAACUCUCUCCCCCUGAGCCUGAGAUCAGUGGACUCAGUGGUCUCCUUUAAACAUCACCCUCUCCUUGUUCUGCUCUCUCUACCUGUUCCACCUUCCUCAGGAUCCUUUCCUAUUCACUCUCUCGCUUUCUUUACAUUUUUUAAUCCCAAUUGUCUAUUUUUGCUCAUUUUAAAUAUAUUUUAAAAUAUUUUCUAAAUUCUUUUUUAUAUCCAUUCAUCCAUUUUCUGAACCCGCUUGUCCACGUAGAGUCACUGGGGGGCUGGUGCCUAUAUGGGCAAUCAGGCGGGGUACACCCUGGACAGAGAGCCAGUCCAUGGCAGGGCAACACAGAGACACACAGGACAAACAAUCACACACACACUUAAGGACAGUUUAGACAGACCAGUUAACCUAACAGUCAUGUUUUUGGACUGUGGGAGGAAGCCGGAGCGCCCAGAGAGAACCCACGCAUGCACAGGGAGAACAUGCAAACUCCAUGCAGAAAGAUCCCAGGCCGGGAAUUGAACCCAGGACCUUCUUGCUGCAAGGCAACAGCUCUAACCACUGCGCCACAGCGCAGCCUUUCUUUUUUAUAUUUUUAUAUUUUUUGUUUUUGUGAAGAGCCUCGUGAUUUUUAUCUUGAGAGGCGCUAUAGAAAAGAUCUUUUCUUCUUCAACUCCCCUCAGAGCAGCCGCCUUUACUUAUUUACGCCAACCUGAGCCGGCGUGUGCCAGCUGUCGGCAGCCAGAGCGUUUCGCUUCGCUUUCUAAAGCUCAUAUUUAAUACAAGCGCCCAAUAAUCGGCUCCAUGCUGGUUCUGGGUUUUGUUAACCAAGAGCCACCAUGGCUGUCAUAGACACUUCAGUUUCAGUGGCUCUGACAGCAGCCAAUUAGAUCAAUGCAUCUGUUGCCAGAGAGCAGGAGGAGGAGGCGGCGUGAGUCUGAUGGGGGUCUGAGAGCAGCUCAUCAUCCCUCCUGGAGCCCCCCUUGUCCGGUAACUUGUGUUUUCUACCUUUGUUUAUUUUUAAACCACACUUUUUACUCUUACAGGCUGUGUUUUUGUAGAUCUCUGCAUGAAACAUGAGCUCUCGCCUGCACACUCAUCUAGAAGUUGCAGUUUUGCUCCAUCUCAUCAUUGCAUGUGUAAAGUUGUUUAGGAACACACUCAUGGAAAUGUUUUAUCAUUGAAAGUUUGAUUAAAUCCUUCAUUUUUCUUGUAUCUUCACGAUUUUGUUUUGGUGCUUUGCUCCCAUGGUGUCAGACAUCCCAGUGGAGCUGGGUUCAUCAUGUCCCUCUGCACCGAUGAGCCCGUCUGUCCCAAGUUCCAGCCCAAUAUCUUUGACCCCUCCCGCUGCCAUGACUGCCUCCGCCAGAGGCACCUGCACACCAGCUCAGGCGAGGAAAGCGACACGGUCCCUCCACAGAAAUCUCUACCUGAGCCAGAAAGCGGAGCUAAAACUGGGACUGACGCAGGGACUGGAAGUGGGUUUGGAUCAGGUAGAGGAGUUCUGUUAACGCCAAUCCCAUCCCAGGCAGAAGACCGCAACGCCAGUGCCAGCAAGGUAAGAAAAUCGAGACGAGUUUAGGUAACCAGGAUUAGAGUGACCGUGUGAGAACCCACGAGGACUGACUGACGGGAUAAGCUGGAUUAGAGUAAAGUCUGGCAGGUGAGACCAGUACCGGUCAGAGGUGAAAGCAGUAAACCAGCAGGAUGAGGGGUGACGCCAGAUUAAAUGAAAUAAUGUUGGACUGCUUAUAUUUGUUCUCAGAGUUUCUAACUAAUCUAUUUAGGAUGGCUUUUAUGUGACCCCAAAGUGUUUACUUGAGCGUCACGUGACAGGAUUAAAGCGAGUUUAAAGCCCAGGUAGUGGGAUUGUUGAUGAGUUUGCUGCUUUUGGGUGAAUUAAGAGAAGGUGUGAGGUAACAGCACGAAGCAAGGCAGCAGUAGUGCUUCCUAUUAUAAAUGAAUGAAGCUGGAUCACUUACCGCCUUCCUAGGAAUUACCUGUCUCUUUAGAGAAGGACACAAUUUGAAGAAAUAAAACAAUGAAUACAGCAAAGACUACUGGUCGUUCUACUUUUGUAACAUAACUGCUGUUUUAUUACUCGUGUUUAAUGUUUCUAAACAUUCAGGUGAGCAGGAGGUCUUCCAGAGCUAGAAUUCCAACCGAUGCCUCCUUCGGACAAACGCAAAUGGUUUGGGAUCUUUUUUAAAUGCGUAGUUUGAGAAAAAGGUUUGACGAAAGACAAAAAAUGUAGUGAUGAAAUAAUAAUGAAGGAAAGCCACAAGGCAGGUCGCGUUACAGAGGUGUAACCCUAAUCGAACGGCAGAAUGAGAAUGUGAGUGGACGAAUGCUACCCGUCCAACUCUAGAGGAUGGAGUCGGGCAGAGGCGGCCAUGGUCACUAAGGCUGAAAAGCUGGCCUGCCCAUUCCAUCACAUUGGUUGUUUGACCUUUGCUUGGGGGCAUAGCUUCUCUCAAUAGUGACAUCCUGGUAACUUGGAGAGAGAUGGGCUUUCCUGCAGCAUUGUGAUUGGCCUCUGUCUUCCCACUGUCACCCAAUCAGGAAGAGUCUGAUGGUUUCUCUGUGGUGAGUAGCUACUGUGAUGUCAACGGAGGUCACGUUGAGAGCUCUUUUUGCAUCCUGAGCCCCGACUGUGAGCUCUACAUUUGUGACGGCGACGACGACUACAGCACAGACAGCUGUCGUGAACAAAGCGACGGGUUCAACACCUCUGUUAGUGGAGAGGAGGAAUAUUUGCCAAUUCGCCGCCAUCCUGCCAAACCCAGCAUGACAAGGCUCGACCCUCCACCUCAUCGACCCAACUCGCUGACCUGGAUGGAAGAUUCUCGGAGCAGCGGUAGCUUCACCGGGCGGUCAGGUACAUUCAAACAGACCUUGGAGAUAUGCUGUGGAAUUUCUUAACAGUGAAAAUAUAACAGACUUGAAAUAAACUUUCGAAAACAAGUAGUGGCUGGACGAUGUCUUUUUCAAACAUAAUGUACAAGAUAUCCUGUGCAGGAGUUAACUCGGUCCUCGUUAAACCAGUGACUUACUGCACUUGACCAAACUAUAUCCAGUUACAGAGAGAGGUGUCCUUUUCUUGGCAAUACUAUUUGAAGUCACCAGCUGAGGUGUCAAAAAGCAAUUAUCAGUAAUACAAUAUCAGUUUGUUUGUGUCGGGAAACCUGAACUUUGAUGUGUUCAUCCUUCUUUACUUCUUCUUCUUCUUUACGAUCCCUUAAAGGUCUUCCUUUUUAAAUAUUGUUCUUCUUCCAGGGUUAAAAGAAGACAGAGACAAGCGCGAAAGUGGCUACUACUCCCUGGGAAGGGCGGCGGGUGCUCGUUCACUAACUGAAAAAACCCCACCUUCUCCUUUUCGACAUUUUGAAAGAGGCCAUCCCAUCUUCAGUAACAGAAACGUUGAGCCUAAAGACAUCAUCCCCUUCAGAAACCCUAAUCUUGGUGUGGCCUCUGACAGGCUCAUACCAGAGGUUUACAACGACGAUCUACAUAUAGAAAUCCCUCCCCCUGACCCUUACGAUGUUGCAGUUGAAGUUGAGGCCCAAGUUGGACCACGAUCUCCCAGUCCCACUCCCUUUAAAAUAGCAGAGUCACUGGCCUCAGGUGGCCGUAAGGGUUUAAGUCGAGGAAAUCCAUCAUCUCAAAUUUAUCAACAGUCCGGACGAUAUGAGUCCUCGAGGCAAAGCUCAGCUCUGCCAUCUCGCUCCUCUUCCCCAUCACGUGGAAACCUACUAAUGAGACGGAGUGAGUCCAGUAGCCUUCUCGGUGGGCAAAGCUUUGACGGUGCAGGACGAUCUCAGGGGACAAGGCCAAUAAGCCCCUUGCAAAACAAACAGGGUCAAGGUUUUGAGUCAGGAACUCUGCCAAGAAACUUCAAAUCACUUGCAAGUUCAGUCAAAUCCCAGUCCAACACAGUUUCUGAUUUUAGAGGUGCUUUGCGGAAAAACGAAGUUAACAGUUCUUCAAGUGGACGGGGUUCUGAUGUUAGAAGCUCAUCUCCUCCAAGGAGGGAUCAUAAUUCUUCAUUUCAAAUUCCUCGUAAUACUGAAGGCAUCACUAGUUUAUCUCAAGGCCACGGAGGCAGCAGUCGGGCUUCCUCUCCAUCUAGAAGAACCUCUGAACGUAUGCGUGACAGUCACUUUUCUUCACUACCAAGUAGGAAUUUUAGCAGAAACCUCCUUCGUAAAUCUGAAUCAGCCAUGUCUCUAAAUGAACAUAGCCACCAUGGACGCUGUGGUUCUCCAAUUAGAGAAGGAUAUAGUAUUGAAGGUCAGACUGAGUUGCGUAACCAGUUGUGUAGAAAUGGACUGAAUGAUCAAGAAUAUGGACAAGUUGAAGAACCCACCAUGCCUCUGUCUAGACAAGGCAAUGAUAGACAGAGACCAUCCAUACUUCGCAAAACUGAAUCAAACACUGUUGGUAGCAGUCGAGAUUGGGGCAGCUGUUCGUCCUCUCCAGGAAGAAGGGGCCAUGAGACCCUCAAACAGCAUCAGCUUAGGAGUAGAGACCUCAGUGGUGGUUCAGUAAAUGGUUAUGGGCAUAAAACACGCAACUCUUCACCUUCCAGGAGAAACUAUGAAGCACCUUCUCAAUCUUUGCUUCACAAGUCUAAAGUUAACAGCUCUGUCAGAAGCCAUGACAGCUACAGUGCCUCAAGUCUAAGGAAAACCUAUGAUGCUUCUGACCAACGCACAUCUACUAAUAUAAAAACUGGUAGCUCCCUAAGCAGCAGGAACCAAAGCAUCAGCAGCUACUCUCCUUCUCGAAAAGGCAAUAAUGACCCACCAGGGUAUUCAUUGCUCCAAAGUGCCACCAAUGGGGACUCCAGUUAUUCAUUUCAGAGAAAAAAUUCUGCUAUUGAAACCAAAUCAAACUCAAGUAGCUCACCACACACACGUCAAGGCUCUACUCAUUCCCAACUUUGUUCCUCCUUAUCUUGGUCCACUUCAAAACAAUCAACGAUUGGCAACCGAACUGCUCAUGUCACUUUGGAAACAACAAGAAAUUCUAGUAGCAUCAGAUCUGCACAUGGCAUGUACAGAGAAGAGGAUUGCCACCCUGCUCCUAAAAACAACCCCUCCGUCCGUGCACAAAGCCCUUCUCCUUCGCCUCAGACUGACAGGAGGUUCCCUCACCGUACACGAAGUCCCUCUCCUUCGCCUCAGACUGACGGGAGGUUCCCUCACCGUACACGAAGUCCCUCUCCUUCACCUCAGACUGACGGGAGGUUCCCUCACCGUACACGAAGUCCCUCUCCUUCGCCUCAGACUGACAGGAGGUUCCCUCACCGUAUACGAAGUCCCUCUCCUUCACCUCAGAUUGACAGGAGGUCCUCUCACCGUACACAAAGUCCCUCUCCUUCAUCUCAACUUGAUAAGAGGCCUUCCCACUGGAAACAGAGCCCUUUUCUGCCUCCAUCUGACAACAGGCCUUCCCAUCAAGCACAGAACCGUCCUCCACUGGCUCAGUUUGACAAGAGGCCUUCCCAUCGAGCACGCAGCUCUUCUCCUCCACCACAAAUUCAAAUCCAAAGCCACACUUCUUCACAGAGCUCCUUGGAGUCCUCAGAGUCGGGUCGAACCUCAGUGGGAUCAACAGGACGAAACAAGGAGGAGUACGCCAUGAUGGCCGACCUGCCGAAGAUCAAAAUGAUCCAUCAGGUGGAAGAACCAGGCCACGCAGGGCGGCCACUGACCAACCAGCCUAUGCGGAGGCAGGAACUCUUUAAACCUGCCAGCCACUCCCUGAGCAGGCAUCCCUCAACGGACUGGGAUGAUACUUGGGAUACAGAGAAGGAAUGGCACAAUGGGGGCAGUGGGUACCUGUCUCGAGCUCAAUCCACUACCUCAUUACAGAACAUUAUCCCCAAACAGAACUUUCUCUGUGAAGGUCAGAAACCAUCUCCUCGGACACUACCCCCAAAACCUGUGGGGUCCCACAAGGCUCAGUUCUGUGACCAUUAUUUUCCUACAUCCUUCCUUUAG